AAGGGAAGGAGGACGCCCAGACCAAAAAGAAUGGUCGCACUUCUCCCCCCAAAAUCAAUCGACCUGACCGACCGAAUCGAACCACACACGCACGAGCACUACAUCAUUACUACGGUCGUCCCCCUCUUAUACCUCCUACUCCUCCUCCCACUCCUCCUCCUCCUCCUCCUCCCCAUCAUCCCCCCUUCUCUCUCUCCGCAUCCGCCGCUUCCCUUCGUUUCUUCCUCUCCCUUGUUCGCCCUUGGCCAUUCACACGACGACUCCCGAUUUGCGCUGCACCCAAAUCCCGACGCCGAUAAAAACCGAAAACUCCGGUGCCCGAGCUCCCGGAUAUAGCUUCAAUUUUCCCCCUCAACUUCUCAAAACAACCUAUACUUCUCUCUGUCUGCCCAUCUGUCUGCAUUGGCCCCCUUUCCCCGCCGACAGGCUACUCGAUGUCAACGCCUCUUUCGUCCCGACGAACGUGAGCGCCAUCGCAGACCCGAAGCACUCGAGACAACGACUAUAUCGAGAUUCCAUUGCAGCAAAACAAGAAGAAAAAAACUACACGAGACCUUCCCAACCACUUUUUCGCCAGCCAACAUGGUCCUCACCCACACGACGAACCACACCUACUCUCACCCUUUCCCGACGGUGACGCUCGCGUACUUCCUCCGCUACUCGUCCCCCAAGCUCAACCCCUUCUCCACCCAUGUCCUCAGCACCGACACCAUCGACAGCCGUCUCGACCCGGCCACGGGCAGGCUGCACACGACCCGUAUCCACCUGAAGAAGUCGCGCAUGCCGGCCCCCGUCUUCAAGCUCCUCCCGGCUUCAAUCACCGGCGGCGGCUCCGCCGGCGAGAAGGCGACCUACGUCCUCGAGACCUCCGUCAUCGACAUGCGCGAGGGCUGGAUGCGCACCGAGAGCCGCAACCUCAACUUCAUGAACGUGCUGUCCGUCGUCGAGAAGCAGGACUUCCGCCUGCCCGCCGACGCACCCCGCGACGCCGCCACCACCGACGUGACCACCACCCUCGUCUACAAGUCGCGCCUCGGCGAGAGGCUCCGCGGCGGGAAAAAGGACCAGGCGCCCUCGCCCGCCGACCACCCUGAGCAGAAGGACGGCCGCUGGAUGCCUGGUUGGAUGAGCGGUAUCGGCGCCCGCGGCGUCCAGCGCAGCAUCGAGAGCAUCGCCUCGAGCAAGACGCAGGACCAGAUGGGCAAGAGCCGCGAGGGCAUGCGCGUCGUCCUGGAAAGGCUUCGCAAGAACGGCGUCGUCGGCGUGCUGGAGAUGAUGAGACGCGAGCGUCAGUUGGCCUGAUCUGGUGAUGGCCCUCUCCGGGGACUCGAUCUGACGAACGCAACCUUUUGGAGCGUGACCUUGACUGAAGGAGAGAGAGAGAGAGAGAGAGCACACAUGUAAAACCAUUCACGGCCGGUAUUCUGCGGGUCACGCUCUGAAGGUCCCCCCUUGUACCCCUAACCCACCCACUUGUUGUACAUUAUUCCAGGACCAUAGCGCGGCGUCUUUAUGGCUUUUUAUUUAACGGCGGUUGGCGAGGACACGGCAAAGGAAACCAAAAAUCCAAACGGCUCGCGACGGGGAAAACAAGAAAAAUCUAGGGCUUCCUCUGUCAUGCCGUUCUUGUAUGACAUUCCCCUCUCUUGUGUUUGGGCACCGACGUAGGUAGUUGAAAGUGUUUUAUAUACAAAACCGUCUAGUUGUUCCAAUUCGCGGCCCGCCACCCGGUCAUUCCCAUGCGAAACCGGUGUCGUGCCCCGUCAUCUUGUGCAUGAACCAUUGUGGACCGUGGCUGAUUUGCUCGGACGGCGGCCUCCGGGCGGUCAAUUUAAGCAUGCGGCCCCGGAUCUUGGCGUUCUGCACGAUUGUUUUUUUGGACGAUUCUGGGCAGCACGAGACAACGUGGUCAGACAACAACCCUCUUUUCCGGGCAAGCCAGGAUAUCCCAUGGCACGAAGACAGUGAGGCGUGGAUGAAACAAUCCAUUUGUCGAAAUGCAUCAUCUUGCUGGCCUCGCCAGCACCCUUGACCUUUGGGGGGGGGGGGGGGGGGGGGGCUUGAUUCUGAGUCCCAACUUGUAGGCCCGCCUGCGUCCCUUUUUUCCUUGCUCUAAAUAAUAAUCUACAGUAUGAAUACAACACUGUUAUAACGUUAACGUUACCACCCACUGUAUCACUUUUCCGCCUUCUUCGUGUCCGACACCGCCGCGGCAGCGGCCUCCUGCUCGGCCAUCAUGGCCGCAAUGUCCCCGGACACGAGCCAGUCCUUGACGGCGUCGACGAUCUUGUCGAGCGACUCGCCGCCGUCGAUGACGUCGACGAGGUUGUACACGUCGACGCCGGCGCGGUGAUCCGUGACGCGGUCCUGGUUGUAGUUGUACGUGCGGAUCUUGUCGCUGCGCGAGAUGCGGUGCCGCGAGAGCACGUUGUCGCGCAGCUGCGCCGCCGCCUCCUCGCGGGCCUCGCGCCGGAUCAGCCCCACGCGCGACCGCAUCAGCUUCCACGCGUCCUCGCGGUUGCGCGACUGCGACCGCGAGUCCUGCAUGCUGACGACGGUGCCCGUCGGCGUGUGCGUCAUGCGGAUCGCCGACUCCGUCUUGUUGACGUGCUGCCCGCCGGCGCCGCGCGCGCGCAUCGUCUCGAUCUUGACCUCGGACGGGUCGAUAUAGAAGUCGCUCUCCGGGUUGUUGAAGUCCUUGGCACCGUCGCCGCUCUCCUGGAAGGACGGCAGCACCCACACGGCCACGGCGCUAGUGUGCACGCGGCCGUUCUUCUCCGUCGCCGGGAUCCGCUGCACGCGGUGCAUGCCGGCCUCGCCGCGGAACAGGUCGUAGGCGCCCGGGUCCUGGAUCUCGAUGACGGCCUCCUGCAGCGCGCUCUCGCCCGCCGCCGUGGACAGGUCGCCGGCGGCCUCGACCGUGUCGUACUUGAUCACUUGCGAGCGGUAGCCCCUGCGCGAGAGGUACUGCUUGUACAUACGGAACAGCGUGUCGGCGAAGAAGCGGCCCUCGAGACCGCCGGGUCCCGGACGGAUCUCGAGCAGGCAGGGCAUGUGGGCGUAGGGGUCCUUGGGCGUCAGCGAGGCCGAGAGCUUACGCGAGAGGGCCGAGAGCUGGCCGUUUGUCGACUCGAGCUCCUCGGCGGCCAUGUCCCGGAGUUCUUUGUCCUUUGAGCCCAAGAGGCCGUUGAGCUCCGCGAUGGAGCUCGUCGCGCGUUCCCAUUCGCGGAGGGCCGUGGCGACGCUCGAGAGCUCGCCCAUCCGGCGGGCCGUUUUGGAGUCAAAGUCGGAUUCGAGGGAGCGGGCGAGGGCAUCGUGUUCGGUCGUGAGGGCGCGCGCUCGUUGGAGGAGGGCUGGCGGGAGGUGUGCGGUUGUGUCUGCGGCCAGGGGAAGUGGAAACCGGGUUAGCUGGGCCCUCGGGGCGUGGACGAGGGGCGCGAUGGGAGCUUGCCUGAGCUAGCACGGCGAAUGAAUUGGGUGCUCCUGGGCUUCAGAAGCCCUCCCAGGCAACGCCGACACACCCAUGGCGCCGCGAUCAUACUCGGGGCUGGAGGGGAGCUGAAUGAAGGGGAUUGGCGGGCGAUAUUUCACAGGUUUCGAGGAGGAAUUGGUUGGCCGCAGCACGUCAAAA